GGGGGAACAUGAUUGGUGCAAAGUCCCAUUUAGAAAGCCACAACUCUAUUUAUACAUGUUUCUCUCACUCUCCAUUCUGAAGAACCUGAUCUUAAGUGCAGGGUACCAUGAGUGUGGAGAAGAAACAACCCAGACAGCAAUGCUGCUCCAAACUAAAGAGUUUUCUGGCCUCCUUGUCCUUUGUCUACUUUGCCAAAGCAUUUCAGGGGAGUUACAUGAAAAGCUCAGUCACACAGAUCGAGAGACGCUUUGAAAUUCCCAGUUCCCAAAUUGGAAUAAUUGACGGAAGCUUUGAAAUUGGCAACCUGUUGGUGAUUGCAUUUGUGAGUUAUUUCGGAGCAAAGCUUCACAGACCUAGGCUGAUUGGAGUGGGAUGUUUGAUCAUGGCUGCUGGUUCCUUCAUCACUGCCCUGCCUCACUUUUUCCAGGGACCGUACCAGUAUGAGACGACAAUCAGACAUUUCUCUGAUUCCAAUGAGACUAAAUCCAUACUGAAUCCAUGUCUUCCAACUGGGAGCCAUUCACAAGCAGAUGAAUCUAGCGCAGCUCAAACAGAGUGUGAAAAAACAGCAGGAUCCUCUUUAUGGGUCAUCGUGUUUCUGGGUAACAUGCUACGAGGGAUUGGAGAGACUCCAGUGAUGCCUCUUGGACUGUCUUACAUGGAUGACUUUGCCAGAAAAGAGAACACAGCUUUGUACAUUGCAUGUAUACAGUGUUUUGGUAUCCUGGGGCCUAUGGUUGGCUUUAUGCUGGGUUCCUUCUGUGCCAAAAUUUAUGUGGAUUUUGGAACUGCAGACUUAGACAGCAUAUCAAUUAACCACAAAGACACACGUUGGGUGGGAGCCUGGUGGCUUGGCUUCCUAGUCACUGGUUCUGUGAUGUUACUGGCUGGAAUCCCAUUCUGGUUCCUGCCCAGGUCACUGCCUAAGCAAGCAGAGGGCGAUGCCAGUAAAAGCCAAGAGGUCGAUCACAGUGAGCAAGAUUCUUUUAUCCUGGUGGAGAGCAAAAACACUCCACUGCCUGAGAAAGCUGAACCUGUCAACAUGGUUGCCAUGGCCAAAGAUUUCCUGCCAUCAUUGAGGAGGCUUUUCAGUAACUCUAUAUACGUGCUUAUCAUCUGCACCGGUUUGGUCCAGGUCAACAGUUUUAUUGGAAUGAUCACAUUUAAGCCCAAAUACAUGGAGCAGAUUUAUGGCCAGUCUCCAUCUAAGGUUAUUUUACUGAUAGGCAUUAUGAAUAUACCUGCUGUGGCUUUGGGAAUUGUCUUAGGAGGCUUUGUGAUGAAAAAGUUCCAAAUGAGUGUACUUGGUGCAGCCAAGAUGUCUAUUUCAACCUGUUUUCUUGCUUCUGUUCUCAUGCUGAGCCAGUACUUCCUGCACUGUGGAAACACACAGGUGGCAGGGCUUACUGUGUCCUAUGAGGGUUUUCCAAACAUUUCCUCACAGCAACAGAGUUUGGUGUCCCAGUGUAACUCAGGGUGCUCCUGCUCUCUGAAACACUGGGACCCAGUAUGUGCCUACAACGGCCUGACAUAUUCCACACCCUGCCUUGCAGGCUGCCAGAGAUCCACUGGAUACGGCAAGGACAUGAUCUUUCACAACUGCUCAUGUAUUGCUGAAGCACCGCUCCCUAGUGUAAACAUGUCUGCAGUGUUGGGGCAAUGUCCACGCAAGGACGACUGUGACUACAUAUUUAAGAUUUACAUGGUGAUGACUGUAUUAGGGGCCUUUGUCUCAGCCAGUGGAGCCACUCCUGCAUAUAUUAUUCUGCUCAGGACUAUUCAACCAGACUUGAAGUCUUUGGCUCUUGGAAUGCAGACGUUAAUAGUCAGGACUCUGGGUGGAAUCCCUCCAACAAUAUAUUUUGGAGCUUUGAUUGACAGGACAUGUCUGAAGUGGGGAACAAAGCGAUGUGGAGGCAGAGGCGCAUGUCGACUUUACAAUGCUGAUGCAUUUAGAGUGACUUUCUUGGGUCUCAUCUAUGGCCUGUCUGCUCUGGCCUUUCUGCUCUGGGCAGUACUAUUAAAAAGAAUAUCACUCUACCAACAGCAGCUGGCACUAGAAAACCAGGCCAAAGACACAGAGCCAGAAGCCAACAACAUGGCCAAGGAUAAUGUAAAUGCCCCGUCAGCUAUUGUGAAGUGCAAGGAAGAGCUGGAUAGAGAGACCAGUAUCUGAAUUCUAAUGUGGCAAAAACAAACAAUGCUGAUUACAUGAUGAAAAUCUUGUACAGUGUACAGUUUGUGAUGUGAGCUUUUCUGUGCUAGGAAUUCUCUUACAAGAUUAUAUGUGUUCCUGAAAUUGCUAGUUACAACACACGCUCUUUGAGUAAGCCAUUUAUUUUGUAUUUCAAUCAGUAUUCUUAAAUGUGCCAUCUUUGGUGAUACCUCAUUGUUUUUAUUUGUACCUUAAUUGUUUUAUAGAGUUCAAAAUUAUAAUGAAGUGAGAACUGAUUACAAGAGAAUAAGUGGAUUUUUACAGACAAUACUUUUGACCUUAACAUUUAUAUUCGUUUAUAUGAUUUUAAACAUACCAUUAAAUCACAGUGUCAUGGACUUCUGGACAGUUCCCUGCCAGAACACCAGAGGGCGGUCUGGCAGGGUUUCUUUAUGUUCCCAUGUACUUGUUGGAGGUUCUGUUAUAGACUACUGGACAGAAACCCUGCCAGACCGCCCUCUGUUGUUGUGGCAGGGAACUGUUCAGCAGUCCAUGACACCACACAAAGUAAACUAUUAGAUGUUAACACUCUUAUGCUGUGCUUAUGCUUUUUAGCUUCGGGAUUGUUUUCUCACAUGGCUGGGAAAAAACAGUUUUAAAAGGACAUUUUAUCUAUUUCAUUCAUACAAGAGGUCAUUUCAUAAUAACAGCUACAAGAUAUUUAGUUUUUGAAUAUCUCUAAAUAUUUUUCAGUGUUUUUUUUUUUUUUUUUUACUAUAUCAUAUUUUCAGUGGGUCAAAUGUUUGCAUCGACUGCAGUCGACUGUUUCUUUAAAUAGUCUGGAAGAUUCCAAAAAUUCAAAUUCAGAUUUCAAAUUCAAAUUUUAUUUGUCACAUACAUAUACAUACACAGUACGACAUGCAGUGAAACGUUUUUUCACGACUGUCCAGUAUGUAAACAUUUAUAAAAAAUUAUUGAGAAAGAGAUCCAUAAAAAUAAAGAUAAAAAUAAAACUAGAUUAUCUUAAAAGUAUAAAAAUAGAAAAUAGAAAAUAAAGUAAAAUAAAAUAUAACAUAGAUAAAUAAAAAUAAAAUAAAAUAUGAAAAUAUAGGUGUGAGAAUAUGAAAAUAUAGGUGCAAGUAGAUAAAUAAUAUAUAUAUAUAUAUAUAUAUAUAUAUAAAAGUGGUAUACACACAUACUGUAUAUACACAUAAAUGCAGACAUGAACGUGAUGGGAUGUAUGUGUAUAUGGCAUAUAUUGAGGUGAUCCAGUGUUUAUCAUCAAAGUGUCCAUGUGUUGGAAUAAUUGUAUAAAGUGACUUGUGCCAGUCCAGUGUCAAAGUGUCAGUUUGUGCAAAUAUGCGAGGUUGUGCAAAGUGAUGAAAAGUGAUGAAAAAAAAAGCAGAGAGAGUCCCCAUAUCUGUAUCAGGUUCUAGGUGUUUCCUGGUUCAGACUCCGAAUGGCCUGCGGGAAGAAGCUCCUCCUCAUUCUCUCUGUGUUUGCCUUCAUGGAGCGGAAGUGCUUCCCUGAACGCAACAGAGAAGAGUCCAUUGUUGGGGUGGCUGAGGUCCUUCACAAUCUUCCUGGCCCUGAUCCGGCACCGCUUGCUGUAGAUGUCCUGCAGGUCAUCUACAAUGGAUUAAAUUAAUUAUUUUCCUCAAAAUUCUACAAACAAUGACCCAUAAUGACAAUGUGAAAGAAGUUGGUUUGGAAUUAAAAAUGAUAAAUGAAAAAUCACAUGUACAUAAGUAUUCACAGCCUUUGCCAUGACACUCAUCAUCCUUGAGAUGUUUCUCCAGCAUUUUUCUGUGGAGAGAGGAGAACCUUCCAGAAGAACAACCAUCUCUGCCGGACUCUACCAGUCAGGCCUGUAUGGUAGAAUGGCCAGACAGAAGCCUCUCCUCAGUAAAAGGCACAUGACAGCCUGCCUGGAGUUUGCCAAAAUGCACCUGAAGGACUCUCAGACCAUGAGAAACAAAAUUCUCUGGUCUGAUGAAAUAAAGAUUGAACUCUGGUCUGAACGGCAAGUGUCAUGUCUGAAGGACACCAGAAUGGGAGAAACGUCCCAAAAAUAGUUGGGCCAAGCUUGUGCUGGUGCCAAAGGUGCUUCAACAAAGUAUUGAGCAAAGAC